AUGUCGCAUCUUCAAUACUACGCAUACCCCGGCAAGGGCGAAUCAGCGAAGAAGAACUUCAAGUACAGCCAAGCAGUGCGCGUCGGUGAUCGCAUCGAGUGUGCAGGUCAAGGUGGAUGGGAUCCCCAACCCGGAGUCAUACCCAAAGAUAUCAACGCGCAAAUCGACCAAGCAUUCGAGAAUGUAGAGCUCGCCCUAAAGAAUGCUGGGGGGAAGGGGUGGUCGCAAGUAUCUCGCGUAAACUCGUACCACAUCCCUAUGGAUGAUGAGGCGCUGAGCGCUAUGGUGCGGAACUUCAAGAAAUGGGUGCCGGAUCACGAACCUAUUUGGACGUGUGUUGGUGUUGUGAAGUUGGGUGAAGACGCCAUGCGGGUAGAGAUCGAAGUAUCAGCGCAUGAUGCCAAUUAG